AUGCCGGAGAAGCUAAAUAUACGAGAUCACAAACAUAGAUUGCUCGCGGCUAAAUAUGAAUUGAGACGAAAGCUUUAUUUACAAUAGCUGUUGUAAAGAUCCCGAUCUUCCGUUUUAUAUGCGGGACAAACAUCAUUAGAAGUUGUCCAAGUUGCCAAGAAAGAGUUCCUUUGCACGAGUAAGAAACCGACGUAUUUCCAUAGGUCUUCCUCGUUCCAUAGUUGAGUUCUUUCGCAUUUCUCCUAUCGUCGUGGAUUAGCAUCUCUAGGUUCUUAUUAGGGCAUAAAGAAAUCGUCUUGGUAGCAACCACCAAACCCAAUAAAACAAAGGUCGCAGCUGGUCCACAAGCAAGGGUUGUAGGUCCAUUACCGUCAGGCUCCGGACCAAAAGGAAAGAUCUAA